AUGACGAAAUUAAAAAAUGCUUUGUUUAGCAUUGGUAAUUAUAAAGCUCCAGGAUCUGAUGGUUUUUUGUCGAAGUUUUUCAAAGCUGCGUGGGAUAUUGUUGGCCGUGAUGUGGAGCUUGCUAUCCACAAUUUCUUUUAUCGUGGUAACCUCCCGAAGAAUUUGAAUUAUACUCUUAUAUGUCUUCUCCCUAAAUCUGUUAAUGCAUCUCGGGUUACGGAUUACCGGCCCAUAGCUUGCUGUACAAUGCUUUACAAUGCAUUAACCUCGUCGGGACCACCUAGGUGUGUGUUCAAAAUUGAUAUAAAAAAAGCUUAUGAUACUGUGGAGCGUUUCCUCAUUGUUAUGCUUCAAGGUUUAGGAUUUCAUCCGGUUCUGGUCAAGUGGAUAAGGGAGAUGGUGUCUACCGCCUCCUACUCACUUGCGAUCAAUGGUAAUUCCUAUGGGUUUUUUCAUGGAGGGAGGGGUCUUAGGCAAGGGGAUCCUUUAUCCCCUUAUCUUUUUACGAUUGUGAUGGAGGGGUUUCCUAUGCUCCUUAAGCAUUGCAUUCGGGAAACAACUGAUUUUGGGUACCAUCAGGGUUGUGAAGAGCUGGAUUUGACACAUCUUUGUUUCGCUGAUGAUUUGUUUGUUUUUACUAAAGGGGAUGUUCUUUCGGUGGAAGUGCUAAAAAAGGCUCUCUUUCUUUUUCAGAGUCGUUCGAGGUUAGCACCAAGCCUUGAAAAAAGCGAAAUUUACUUUGGGAAUGUGCCUCCUAACAUUAAGGAGGCCAUUCUAGAGUGUCUUCCUUUCAAGCUUGGUUUGUUUCCUGUCCGAUACUUGGGGGUCCCUUUAUCUCAAGCUCGGCUGAAGCUAUGUGAUUAUGCUCCGUUAAUUGCUAUGGUGAAGGGUCGCAUUCUAAAUUGGAAGUCCAAGUUCCUGUCGUUUGGAGGGCGACGUCAACUUAUUGUAUCGGAAUUUCCGCUCCAAGGGAUGAUCCUCGUGGUAGAUGUAGAUUAUCUUGGGAUAUGGUCUGUUGACCUCUUGCUUCUGGAGGCCUUGGGAUUAAGCGAUUGUCCACUUGGAAUAGAGCUUUACUUGCUAAACAUGAAAAGCUCAAAUUGGUCGUCGGUCUUUCGCAAGCCAUUGGACUUACGUAGCCAAUUGCGAAGAUUUUUGUUUUCCCAGGUUGGUGAUGGUCAGGAUACUAUUGCGUGGGAGGAUGGUUGGCUUUCCUGCGGUCAUCUUUCGGAUUUUAUCUCUUACUGGUUUGUCCAUUCAUGUGGGUUCUCAACUUCUACGACGGUUUGUGAGCUACUAAUGGGUUGGGACGGUGUUAGGCCGGAUGAUUGGAGUAACAGGUUUGCUGAGCUGCAUUCUUCUCUGUUACCCUCGUUGAGUGAUUUAGUUCGUGACAGAGUUCUUUGGGGGGAAGAUCAUACUUCUUCUUUGGAAUUCACAGUAAUGCUUGGGCUUCUUUAG